UUUGCGCAUGCGCGCAAUCAUCAAUGGACGACUGUCAAAAUAAAACAAAUCGAGAAAGAGUAAAGAUGAAGUAAUGGUCGUUUUAAAAGAAUAAGCUGUCAUUACAUUGAUUGUGGCUACCCUUCAGUUAUGAUUGGAAUGACAUAGCAAAAGAAACUGUAAUGAUGAACAGUGUUGACAAGCUAGAUGCUAUAGAAAAGCUCAUUGGAUAUUCAGGGUUGGAGCGUGCCAAAGCAAAGGACUAUUUAGAGCGCUGCCACUGGAAUGUACAAAACGCCUACACAAUGUACAAAAAGACCAAGAUGGCUUCCAGUGGGUUUAUACCCCCGACACCUAUGAGCAGCAACACAUACUCCACCGCUGGCAUCACUCAGCGCUACCCGGUCCCCGGGACCACCCCUGUCACCAUGGUGACCCAUGGCCCGCCUGUUGGGUUUGCUCGCCCCACGAGUUAUCGCAUGAUGCCGCAGGGGGAGGGGCUGGGUACUGUAGUGACUGGGAUGGGGCCCGCAGUGGGUGACACCCACCCAGCGUUCUUGCAGCAGCAGUAUGUGCCUAAGUUCCCUGUGGAGAAGGCAAGUGAGAGGAUCAUACCCAUACAGAUUGAAAACCAGUCUCAAGUGAGUAACAGACCAUCCAUUUCCAUGGUGACACGGCCAAACCGCCCAUCCCCACCCCCCUACCAGGCCCCUGUAAACCCUGCAAGGACAGCAGGUGGCAUCCGUGUAGAUGCUUUACCAAAGUCCCAGUCUUGUCCGGUGCCUACACGCAAUGACCCAGUCUGGGACCCCAAAGACGCUUACAAUGACAGCUACACACCUGCAGCAAAGACUGGCUUUAUGAACACAGAUAGAAUCCUAACUGAGAGUGGAAAUAGAACUUCUCAGAAUCUUGUGAGAGUUGAUGAUGUUAAGCCUGCUCAGAGUCUUGUUAGAGCAGAGGAUGUGAAGCCUCUGGAUAAUGGCUGCCUUAAUACUCCAAAAAUUGCUGCUGGAAGUACAUCUCCCAAGAUCCUGAAGCGUGGGAUCUCCAAGAUUUCGGAGAACUCGUUCCUGGUAGACCAGGAGAGGCAGAACGUUCUACACGACAUUGUCGAAGACUGCCAUGACAACAUGUACGUGCAGACAUUCUUGUUACCGGAUAUCAGCGGAUACUCUGACGAUUUCAGAGACUUCCUCGAGAAGGACCUCAUUGAGUUGUCUACCUUGGUUUCCUUGGAGCAAGCCGGUCGACUAAACUGGUGGGCAGAGCUCGGUGUGUGUCAAAGACUGAUGCCUAUGGCAACCUCAGGGGAUGGGAACUGCUUGCUACAUGCUGCAUCUCUGGCCAUGUGGGGGAUCCACGACAGGCAGCUGAUGUUACGCAAGGCCCUGUAUGACACCCUCACCAAGAAGUUUUACAGCAACGCCCUCUAUAGACGCUGGAGACUUCAACAAACACAGACACACAAACAGGCAGGGUUGAUCUUCACUGAGGCGGAGUGGAAGACAGAGUGGGACAAUGUUCUGCGUCUCGCGUCCACGACCCCACGCACGCUGCCCGGCAGUGCGCCACGCAGUAACAGCUGCUGUGACAGCAUGCUCACCCAGCAAAACAGCUCUUCCACAAUGCCAGAAGCCAACUCCGACUCCCCCAUCGUGUACGAGAGCCUGGAAGAAUUCCACGUGUUUGUCCUCGCACAUGUCAUACAGCGCCCCAUCAUUGUGGUGGCGGACACCAUCCUGAGGGACGCCAGUGGGGAGGCUAUGGCCCCCAUACCCUUUGGAGGGAUUUACCUGCCCCUGGAGUGUGAGGCAGCACACUGCUACAGGUCUCCACUGCUGCUCACAUAUGACGCUGCUCACUUCUCCGCCCUUGUGCCCAUGGAAUCUCAGAGGUCGGAGGAGGACAAGAAUUCUGCUUUACCAGUGGCCAUUCCAAUAGUGAGUUCAGAACUGAAGAUUCUGCCGCUGCAUUUUGCAAUCGACCCUGGCUCCUUCUACAACUGGGAGAAGAACCAGGGAGAGUUUAUGAUGCCUGAGGAACAGAAGAUAAACAUCCUGAAGCGCUACAUGGACCUAGAGCGGCUGCCAAUCAGUGGAAGCUUGCUGGACAGUGGCAGCGAUAAGAACUCAACAGGCUCGUAUGAGUCAGACGAUGGGCUCACAGAGAAAGGGAAGAAAGAAAAGAAACGGGGAAAUUCUGUCUCAAAACAGUUUGGAAGCUUUGGUAAAAGUGUGGGAAAAAAAUUGAAAAAUCUUGGUAAAGGUGGAAGUGGGAAAGAUGAGAAGAAGUCCAGUCGAAAUUCUAGUUCUCAGAAUUCCAAAAUUCCACUGACGAUAUCAGCUCUGGCAGAGAAUGAGCAACAGUCGCUAUGGUGCUGCCGCUUAGUCACACAGAAGAGUGUAACACACCAGAAAAUGAUUGACAACUAUUUAUGUGAUGCGAGUGAACGGUUUAAAGCAGACCUUGCAGGCAAUAAAAUUAAACACAAGGAGUCUAGUUCAAAUGUUGGUCAUCGAGUUCAGUGUGUAACUCAAGGCUGUAGCUUGUUUGGAACUGUUGAAACAAGUUAUCUAUGUUCGAAAUGUUACGCUGAUCAGAAAAAAGUAAUAAUCGAUCAGGAAAAAGAUAGGUUAAAGGAAUUUGAACACAAUAAACAUCAUAAACACAAAGAUGAGGUGGAUGGUACGAAAAUUGGUAAGUCCAAGUUCUAUGACAUGAAAAAUGGUGAAGUUCAGACCAGUGAAGUGUCUGCAAAAUCUACGCAAAGCAUUCAGCCCCCCGUAGCAGUGAACAUUGGCUCCCAGUCCAAGGUUCCGGUCCCAAACUCUCAACAGAAGGGUCCAGUUCCCAGUUCCUUAAGCAAGAUCCCUAUUUCGACCCCUGGGGUCCCUCAAGCCCGACCCCUGACCCGAACGCCGUCCCCAGAUUAUGACAAUGUGGAGUACAAGUCCGCAGGAACUGUGAAACCCAGUGUUUCCAUGGUCCCAAGUCAUUCUGUUAGCAACUAUGGGGCGCAGCGGUGUAUGAAUGAAGACUGUGCAUUUUAUGGUAACGACAAAUAUGACGGGUUUUGCUCUUCAUGCUUCAAGGAAAAACAAAAACUGCAAAAGCUGGUGUGAAAAUUGUAUGCUUUAAGUUAUUGUUAUGUUUGUUACAUGUAUCUAUUUUAAAAUAAUUUCUUCUGCUUAUAUGAUUGUUUAUUCCCAAUGUUUUAAAUGAAAUAAGAAGUUUCAUAAAAUUAUAUUGUCAGGGUUUUAAGAACAUUGGUAGGAACAUGAUUAUAAAAUUACAAUUCUAGCUUGUUUACAAUUCAUGCUUUAAUUUGAUUCCAGCCUGUGUUAAAUGUUUUUAAAUCUUUUUGUAUCAGGAUAGAGUUUUGUCUUUUAUUGCUAGAAGUCCCAGAGCAAUUAUCAAUUAGAUUCCAUAAGGGCCCAUUUUCCAAGACUUAAGAAUGUCUAGAAAUACUUUUGCGUUUGUAAAGAUGCAGUCCCCAUGGGUGUUAAUUUCUUUCACAAAUUAUUCAAGAUACAGAAUAAAAAAAUUAUUGAAAAACAUCUAGUACGAAUGGCAGCUUUUUAAAGAACAUAACCAUGUUAUUGGUUUUUUAAUUAAAUGUCAUUAAUCUUCAGGCUUAGUUUGAUGAAUAUGGGCAUUAACAUGCUUUAUUAGAUCUAAGUAACUGUUGUUCUUCAGUAUGGGUUGAUCACUAUCAUGAGCUGUGCUUUGAGAAAAUUGGGCUUAAUUCAGGUGCGCAAAAUAUUGUCCUAUAUUAGCAUGUGCAGACCACACAGGCUAAUCAUGGACGACACUUUCUGCCUAGAUUGGAUUUUGUUUAGAAGAGUCUCAACUUUCUUGAAAACAAAUUCCAGAGAUCAAUAAAAAAAACUAAAACUAUAAAAACUAUAAAAAAAAUCAUUUGAUUUGCACUCCCUGUUGAAUUCAAUUUCUUAUUUUAUUUUCGGAAGUAAAUGUAUUCACACAGGGAACAAUCAAACGUGCAAUAGAAAACUGGAGUUUCCUUCUGCUCAGUUAUCAGGAUGUGCCUCUUUACUGUUUAACUGCAGUAUCACCGUACAGUAUUAUGUCAAAUAUAUCAAGGGUUUGAAAGUGAAACAGUGUUAGAAAAUAUUAUGCAAACAUUUUGGCAUGAAUGAAAAAAGCCUUGAAUUGAAACCUAUUUUAUAUUUGCACAGUUAAAGCAUGACAUAUACAUUUUUCAACUCAGUUAGUAGGAUCUUACUGAGAUGCAACACUGUAACAGAAUACUUGCUAAUUUCCCGACCAGGUGUCCAAUUUAUAAAGCAGGAAAUGAAAUGUUUGUAAUACCUGUAGCAAUAGAUUAGCUUGUGAAAACAAGCUGAUGAUCAUCAGUGUCUUUUCCUUUUUCAUAUUUCGAAGCCUCUACUUUUUUUAGAUAAUAGCUGUGUGGGGUGUGCAUUUUUAUUUAAUUUGUGUAAAAUUAUUUUUAAACAAAUUAAGAAUUAAACAUAUUGUUUUUUAUGCCCCCUGUAGGGUGGCAUAUAGCAGCUGAACUGUCCGUCAGUAUGUCAGUCAGUCUGUCCGUCCGUCCAAAAAAAACUUGAACAUUGGCCAUAACUUUUUCACUAUUGAAGAUAGCAACUUGAUAUUUGGCAUGCAUGUGUAUCUCAUGGAGCUGAACAUUUUGAGUGGUGAAAGGUGAAGGUCAAGGUCAUCCUUCAAGGUCAAAUGUCAAAUAUAUGGCGUCUGUCUGUCCGAAAACUUUAACAUUGGCCAUAACUUUUUCAAUAUUGAAGAUAGCAACUUGAUAUUUGACAUGCAUGUGUAUCUCAUGAAGCUGCACAUUUUGAGUGGUGGAAGUUCAAGGUCAUGGUCAUCCUUCAAGGUCAAAGGUCAACAACAACAAAAAAAAAUAAUUUCAAACCGGCGUUUUCAUGAAGCUGCACAUUUUGAGUGGUGGAAGUUCAAGGUCAAGGUCAUCCUUCAAGGUCAAGGUCAUCCUUCAAGGUCAAAGGUGAAAAAAAAUCGCGGCGGCGUUAUCAUGAAGCUGCACAUUUUGAGUGGUGGAAGUUCAAGGUCAAGGUCAUCCUUCAAGGUCAAAAAAUAAAAAAUAAAGCGGCGCAAUAGGGGGCAUUGUGUUUAUGACGAACACAUCUCUUGUUAAUAAUGAAUAGCAGUCUAUUAAGGUCAACUGGUACACUACCAGUUGUGACAUUAUACUCAAAUAUGUACUUUGGCUGAUAUUUAUUAUAUAUCAGUUGUACAAUUCAUAUUCUGCUAGUUAUCUUAAAAAAUAAUUUAUGCUUCGAUGUACAUUCCGACUGUUAAGAAUAUUUAUUUAUAAUUUUAUCUGGUAAUGUACUUGAGACUACUUUGAGUGUCGUACUUAACUUAUUACGGUUAGGCUGUUAUUACAAAAUUAAAUUAGAACAGCUACAUGUAACAAAACUUUGCCACAUUUCAUCAUAGAAAAAUAUGGAUAUGUGUGAUUUUUAUACGCCCGUCUAUGACGGGACGUAUUAUGGUAUACCCCGCGUCUGUCCGUCCGUCUGUCCGUCCGUCCGUCUGUUAAUGUCGUACGCUACGUCAAAUAUCCUUUGACAGAUUUUCUUCAAAUUUUAACACAAUCUUAAUAUUGAUAAACCCUGAUCCCCUUUCGUUUUUGACGGAAUUCUGAAUUGUCGUUCCAGAGUUAUGGGACUUUGUUCGUCAAAAUUUCGUGAUUUCAUUGAAUGUCCUACUGUAGCUCAAAUAUCCUUCGAUGGAUUUUUUUCAAAUUUCAACACAAUCUUAAUAUUGAUAAACCCUGAUCCCCUUUCGUUUUUGACGGAAUUCUGAAUUGUCGUUCCAGAGUUAUGGGACUUUGUUCGUCAAAAUUUCGUGAUUUCAUUGAAUGUCCUACCGUAGCUCAAAUAUCCUUCGAUGGAUUUUUUUCAAAUUUCAACACAAUCUUAAUAUUGAUAAACCCUGAUCCCCUUUCGUUUUUGACGGAAUUCUGAAUUGUUGUUCCAGAGUUAUGGGACUUUGUUCGUCAAAAUUUCGUGAUUUCAUUGAAUGUCCUACCGUAGCUCAAAUAUCCUUCGAUGGAUUUUUUUCAAAUUUCAACACAAUCUUAAUAUUGAUAAACCCUGAUCCCCUUUCGUUUUUGACGGAAUUCUGAAUUGUUGUUCCAGAGUUAUGGGACUUUGUUCGUCAAAAUUUCGUGAUUUCAUUGAAUGUCCUACCGUAGCUCAAAUAUCCUUCGAUGGAUUUUUUUCAAAUUUUAACACAAUCUUAAUAUUCAUAAACCCUGAUCCCCUUUCAUUUUUGACGGAAUUCUGAAUUGUCGUUCCAGAGUUAUGCGACUUUGUUCGUCAAAAUUUCGUGAUUUCAUUGACUGUCCUACCGUAUCGGAUUUACCAUGUUACAAUGUUAAAUUAUCAAGUAUUCACAUAUUCAACUGGAUGAGAUUUGACUGGAACAUUGGAAUUCCAUACACACAUACUCAAAUGGGUGAGUUGAACAUAUUUUUUUGACAAAUAUUCCAGCUGUCUUCUGCCAACUGAAGUAAAAAAAUGAUUCAAAGGGUUAUUUAUUACCUUACUACUUCAUUGGCGAACGACGGGCGUAUCAUGCGCUCAUGGCGCAGCUCCUCAGUUAUGAUUUUAGUCUACACAAAUUAUUUGAAUAUUACAUUGUGUUUCUUACAACAACUUGUGUUCCUCAUGACACUACAGCUGGCAUUUACUUUAUUAUUUUGACUUAGUUAAUGUGUGGUAUAAAUGCAUGUUUAAUACAGACUUGACCAAGUAUAGGAAAACAGGAACAACUUUAGCGACAAUAGUGUUUGAUUUUAUAACAUUUUACUCUCCCAUUAUGUCAGCUCCAAUCUUAUUAAACUACAAAUACAUUAUAUGCACAAUACAUUAUUUAUAAUGUUACCAUUCAUUAAUUGCUUGCUUCUUUAUAUCCAAAAAUACUUGCUUGCUAAUUGUUAUCUCUUUAAGUGAAUGUGAAGCCUAUUUAAUUAUUCUUUGUAUAUUUUAAUGUUUAUUUGUACCAAAUUCAUGGGUUGGUUUGGUAAUGUUACACAUCAAAUGAAAUUUAACAAAAGUAUGGUAUAAUGGUAAAACAUAAUGUAGCAAUGUAUUUCUAGUCAAAUAAACUCCUAUCUGAAUUGUUUACACCAAAGCUAGGGUUUUUAUUUGGUAUAUUUAAGCUCAACCCCUUAAAUAUAAUGAAUAAAUAUAGAAUACAGAAUUAAAUGACUACAGGAACAUUAUUUUGAGAAAAUGUGCUGGAUGUUCUGGAGUUACGCUGGCAGCAUAUGUUCUAAGACCAACUUUGGCACUUCGCCAACAUCAAACUUUAAUUGACGUCAUGUCUUCUGUCAAAGCUACCAAAACUGUGUCGUAUUUGAUUAGUAAAAAUUCAUUUAUUUUUGUGUCUAACUCAACAUUUUAAAUUUUACUUCAUAUUAUUAUGCCCCCCUUCGAAGAAGAGGGGGUAUAUUGCUUUGCUCAUGUCGGUCGGUCGGUAGGUCUGUCGGUCCGUCCACCAGGUGGUUGUCAGACGAUUACUCAAGAACGCUUGGGCCUAGGAUCAUGAAACUUCAUAGGUACAUUGAUCAUGACUCGCAGAUGACCCCUAUUGAUUUUGAGGUCACUAGGUCAAAGUUCAAGGUCACGGUGACCAGAAAUAGUAAAAUGGUUUUUGAAUGAUAACUCAAGAACGCAUACGCCUAGGGUCAUGAAACUUCAUGGGAAGAUUGAUCAUGACUUGCAGACGAUCCCUAUUGAUUUUGAGGUCACUAGGUCAAAGGUCAAGGUCACGGUGACCCGAAAUAGUAAAAUGGUUUCUGGAUGAUAACUCAAGAACGCAUAUGCCUAGGAUCAUGAAACUUCAUGGGUAGAUUGAUCAUGACUCGCAGAUGACCCCUAUUGAUUUUGAGGUCACUAGGUCAAAGGUCAAGGUCACGGUGACCCGAAAUAGUAAAAUGGUUUUCGGAUGAUAACUCAAGAACGCAUACACCUAGGAUCAUGAAACUUCACUAGGUCAAAGGUCAAGGUCACAGUGACAAAAAUCGUAUUCACACAAUGGCUGCCACUACAACAGACAGCCCAUAUGGGGGGGGGGCAUGCAUGUUUUACAAACAGCCCUUGUUUUUACAUGUUUUAUUUUUCUGCAUGUCUACACUGGUUGUACAUGUAUACAACUCAAAACAUACAGGUUGUGCCUUUAUUGCACUUGGAGAUUUUAUUGCAGAUUUCAGUUAUUUGUGCUUUAUUUAAGUUUCCAAAAAAUCAUCAGAAGAUACCAAAAAUAGUGUUUAUAGUAACCCGGAAAUGAAGUUAAUGUGUGAGUCAGCUUGCCUGUCUGUUGGUUGUCAUGGUUUCCAGAGAAUUACUGACAAAAAAAAGUUAGCAAACAACCAAUAAAUGCUGAAAUAGUUGUGGCCCCCUUUUUACUUGAAAUAACUAGUUUUAUGAUUAUGAUAAUAUUGUAUAAAUGACCUCCUGUUUUGAAACUAGUAUAGAAAUUAAUCAUUUAUAUGUAGCUUUAUAAAAAGAAGUAUUUCUUUGGUCGUUUAUCAUGGAUGGCAUCGUUUUGUGCAAAGCUUAAUUCUGAGUAUUUUUUCCACAGUGAUCCUGGCACAAAUAAUUAGUGAUGUGUGUAAACCUUAUUUAAAAGAUGCUUUUGUUGGUGUCCAUUAUUUGCUCACCUUAGAAUUGCUGAUGGUUUGCUAUUGUGGUCAGUAAAUGUACAUUCUUGUAUGUGGUGUGUUGCCAACAUUCAGUUUGUUAUCGCUCUAAAGAAAACAGUUUUUGACCUGAUCUUAAUUAAACUUGGUCACAAUUUUUCCUUGACAAAAUCUAGGCUGAUCAUCUAUUUGGGUCAAGUACAUCACAAGGUCAAAUCUUAGAAAAACGUUCCUUCUCUAGAAGCCAAAGUCAUGACUCAGUCUGAUGAAAAUUGGUCAGAUUGUUUAUCUUAACAAUAUCAAGGUUGAGUUUUAAUCUGGGUUACAUGCUUAAAACAUUAGGGAAACUGGUCUAAUUUUAGAAAAACUUGUUACCACUCUAUCUGUCUUAUAUACGACUUGAUCUUCAUAAAACUAGGUGGUAAUGUUCAUCUUUACCUAAGCUGGAUCACACGUGUCCAAAAUCUAGUUAACUCGGUCAAAGCUUCACAAAAUCUUGUUACCACUCUAAAGGCUAAAUGUAUGACUCAAUCUUAAUGAAACCUGGUCAGAUUGUUUUAUUGAGGGUAUAAAGGCCAAGUUUGAAUAGAUGUCAAAUGGGGUCAAAAACUAUGUCACCAGGUCAAGAUUUUAACAAUUGGUGAGGAGAGUUCUUUUGGGUCAUCAUGGCCCUCUUGUUGAACUUUCUUGUGAUUCUGUAGAUACGGAUGUAUUUUGUUUUGUUCAAUGUUGUUUCAUUGUUUUGAAUUCUGUUGAUAUGCAAACAUUUCAAUUUACAUUUUAAUAAACCAUGCUGCUGAA